CAAUUACACCUGCGUUUCAGUAUUAGUCACUCACUGGCGUAUAACGAGUAUAUUAGCCUGAACAGAGGUUGCGAACAGAGGAAAUUCUACUGUUAUUUAUUCAAAAGAGUACAAAAAAUUAAUUUAAAAUGUUUUGCAAUGAAACAAAAGUGAAGCGAAGGUGUUGAGUUUAAAAGAAAAUUGCACUUCAUUUGAAUUGUGUUUAGAAAAAUUAGCAAAUUAGCAAAAACGAUCAAAUAAUUGAAUAUAAAUAAAAAAAAUUAGAAAAAUAUAGAUCAAUGGCGCCCGCGGAUCGUGGUUCGGAUUUAUCACAAAUAGCUGUGAAUGCUCAUAACAUCCCGGAUGAUAGCGUCGAUUGUGGUAUACGUUUAUUGGGUUGGUGUCGUGGUCCGGGUUGUCAGAAAUAUGCACGCUUACGUACUUUCGUUAUUAUACUCGCCUGUGCUGGCAUCACACAAGGUGCCUGUGAAACAUAUUUCCGGAUAUCGGCUAAGCAGGCUGCAUUAGAAAAUGAUUAUGACCCAAUUGUAGUAGAUUGGCUUUUAGUAAGUAGUGGUUUAUUUCAAGCUGUGUUUGCAUUGGCUUUUGCAUACUGGGCGCAUAAAUUACAUCCAAUAAGUUGGAUGGGUGGUGUAAUUAUGAUACAAGGAGUUACCAGUCUGGUAGCUAUCAUACCGUCAAUUAUGAAUUUCUCUGAUGGAGUUGUGCCAGCUGUUCAAAGUACUGGAAGUGAGGUGUGUAAAGUUUCAUUAAUACGUCCAAUGGCUAAAUCAGCACUUACUGAAGAACAAACUUUUACACUUACUCUUGUAUUACUGUUUGUACUACAACUUUCAAUAGGCUUGGGAUCUUUAGCCUUUUAUAAUAUUGGUAUAACAUAUAUAGAUGACAAUUCAUUAUCGAUCGAUAGUCCUGCUGUCAUAGCUGCCACAGUUGGAGCAAAACUUUUCGGUUUACAAGUUGGUUCUAUACUGAUACUGGGUGUAGGUGCUACAUCAGUUGGUUGGUGGUUAGGUUGGGCUAUACUGGCUCCUAUUAUAUUUGUCACUGGAUUGAUGCUGAGUCUCUUUCCGAGGCGUUUGCCAAAAACCGUAAUCCAUCAAGCUGCACAACGUAUAAUUGAAGAAUCUCGAAACCGACAAUUUGGUAGUCAAUUUUCAACAUAUAUAGAUGAUACAAAUUUUGGGCCAUCUAUAAAGCGUUUGUUUGGUAAUAAAUUGCUUAUGUUCAAUCUUUUGAGCAUUAUGUUUAUACAAGCGGCCACUAUAAACUACAUGUCUCAAGAGGAAGCAUAUCUGCAAUCACGUUUCUUUUUGCCCUUUAGUGAAGAAGACGGCCUGGAACAAGAAUGGAGAGCGCAUUUUGUUUCAUAUUUUUUGAAGCCGCCAGUAGCAGCGAUUAGUAUGCUUAUUGGUGGACUGGUUAUAUCUAAAUUAAAAUUAUCUGGCAGAACUAUUUCGGGCAUCAAUAUAACUUUAGGCACCCUAUUGAUGGGUAUUUAUGUUGCUUUUAUAUUCAUCAAAUGUGAAGUGGGUCCAAUUGGAGGUACGGCAAACGGAAAGGUGCAACAGGCAUAUUGCUCAAGACAAUGCAUUUGUCAGCCGACACAAUUUUUACCAGUAUGUCCUGAGAACUCUACUGUUACUUAUUAUUCACCAUGUUACGCGGGUUGUACAAUCAAAUCAAAUAUAAAUAAUGUUGAGCUCUAUGAAGGCUGCACUUGUGGACAGGGUUACGAUAUGCACACCGCACAAAAUAUACGGGCAACCGAGGGCUCAUGUAGUGCUGACACAUGUUUCGCUAUGUUGGUGGUUUUUCAAGUGUUAAGUUUACUAGGCGCUAGCAUUUAUGGCAUGACAGCAAUUGGAAAAAUUUUAAUAAGUCUGAGGAGUGUAUUGCCUCAGGAUAAGGGGUUAGCCCUAGCUAUGGAAGUAAUGUUAUUUGGUUUAUUUGCAUAUAUUCCAGUACACCUUGCAUAUGACGUUGUAACUCGCACCAGUUGUCUUUACUGGGCGCCAGAAUAUGAACGUUGUGUGCUGCGUGAAACGCCUAAGCAUGGCAACAUACUUAAUAUACUUACGGCGUCAUUAAUAUUUGUAGGCUUAUUCUUUGAUGUACUUGUUUUUAUUUUUGCAAAAGGACUUAAUCUUUAUAACUGCAAAGUAACUGAUGUUAAUUACACACCUUCUUUAUAUUCGCCAGUUCCACGUGAAGACCCUUCACCAGCUGUUCCUGCUGCUAUCGCUGUUCCAGCAAUUGGUGGCAGCCCUGCCACUACCAGUACAAAUAUUUCACCGAUGCAACGUAGAAAAUCUUUGCCUGCACGUGCAGCACCGCGCCCAGAAAUUACAGUUUUCCGGAAUCCCAGUUCAGUUACAACUUCUUCUGGCGAACAAAGUAUAGAUCCAAAUUCAGGCGUUACUUACGCACAAGUAGUUUUUCCACCAGAUAAACAUAAACCGAAUGAUGGAACCACAAGUCCUAAAAGAAUGGCAGCACGUGCCGAUGUUCCACUUCAUCAUUUAUCAGCACAGGAUGUACGAGCACAAUUGGGCGCAUUAAAGUCCUUUAAUCCUGAAAAUAAAAAUACUGAUCCUAAUAUUGCUAUAACACCUUUAACUACUUCUCCCACAACUCCAGCAGUUGCUACAACAACAAACGCAACAAGUAGUGGAGCGUCAAGCAAAACAGCACCGAUUGAAACAGAUUUGGAUACAGUACGUCCGCAAAGUCCAGAAACCGAUUUCUAACUUGAAUAUAUUUUUUGAAUAAUAAACAUUUUUCACAAGAUCGUUAUUUGAAUUUCAAGAUCACCUAAAUAUUUGAUAAGAAUUCAAUUAUUGAGUAUAUAUUAUCUUAUUUAUUUUUUAAGACUAUUUUUUAA